UUACAAUAUUUUUGUUUGGGGCGGGAUUAGUCAUUGUAAAUUGAGUCAACUCGGCCGCACUAUGCCAACUGCAUAAUCCGCAUCCGCCGUAAACCAGAAGCAAAUUGCAAGUGCCCAGCUGCAGAUCGUAAAAGCAGCAGCCCAGCGAAAAGCACAAAGAGAUUUUUAAGAGACCCCCACGCAUACAUAUGCCCAUUCACGCCGUGAUGGCAAAGCGCCUGCUGCCCCACCAACCGUCCUUCGAUGGGGAGGCACCUGGUCCGGAUGAGCUGGACAGUCCAGCCAUCGAGGCGGCGGCCCUCGACAUUCCCCCGCCGGAAUCCGAUAAGGCGCUCCUAAAGGGUGUCUGGGAGCGACCCACGUCUAAUGCCGACUUCAAGCCGCCCACCGAUGGGAGCACAGUGCUCCGCUUCGACAUCCUACUGGCGCACAUUAUGCCACCCGAUGGCGAGGAUGUGAAGAUCAAGCGAUUUGUGGUCUAUGAACUGACAGUGAGUCAGGAUGGGGCCACGGAGGACACUCAACCGGCGAAAAUCGAGCGUCGCUACACGGACUUUCGAGAGCUUUUCCAGGGAUUGAAGCGAACACAUCCCACCGAGAUGGCCAACAAAUACUUUCCGGCCAAGGUGCUGAUGGGUAACUUUAAGUCUGAGCUGAUUGGCGAAAGGAGUGCAGCCUUCGAGGCGUUCCUCACAUAUGUGGCCAGUCAAACGAAGCUCCGGGAUUCGGAGGACUUUCUGCGCUUCCUACAGCACGAUGAACUGUCCAGGGCGUGCCAGUUUCUGGAUGAGCGUCGCAACGAGAUGGCCAUACCCAUUCUGGAGAACUGUUUCCGCUUGCUGAACAAGAUCUAUAUGAAUCGUUCGCGGCCGGUGCUCCUGAUACUUUGUCGCCUGGUGGCGGCCUGCACCUCAUCUCCAGUUCCUCAUCAUGCAGCCGAAAGAUGGGCUCUGUUGGCUCUAAGUCGCUUUGAGACUCUGUGCGAUAUUGAUUUGCUGCCGCUCUACAUUCCUCUGCUUCACACCUGUGCACACCUUUGGUGGCAGCGCGGCCAGGACCAAAAGCCAAUCACCGACCGACUGACUGAUAUGUCCAAGCAGGGCAUCAACACUGCGAACACCGAGAGCCUCAUGCAGGCCAUUCACAAGAUCGAUCCACGCACCGAAACCAUUUGAAUCGGAAUCUCCACCAGAGUUAUCAUCCAUUAGUUGAGCAUCAUGUUCUGUAGUUUUUAGACGUCAAGCGUAAAGUGCAAUUAUAGAUUGUGUGCAAUUAGUAUUAAGGUGAAAGGAGUAUUUAUCAACCUUUAAGGUCGCACCAGCGUUUUUUUCCAAAGUAGUUUGUUAAAAAAGUUUACAAAGUAUAAAAAUCCUUAUCGAUGUCACAAAAACAAAUUAGCCAACAUUGUUAUUACUUUUUUUUAAAUCAAAACUUUCUCUUGUUUAUUUGGCAAUUCAAAUCUGUGAUUUUCAAAUGAUAUUAAUCAAUAUUUUAUUUGUUUAAAGUAAAAUUUAUAAUCUCCGUUUAAUUAACAUUAAAUUUUCUUUGUCUACCUUUGUAGCUAAUAUUAGUAUUGCGAAAAAUAUGUGUUAAGCGAAAUUGGAAAAUCAGUAAUGGUAACUUAAAGGUUAGUCUAAGCGUGUUUAUGUUUCGUGUUACGUAUUGUUUGAUAUUGUGCACUCGUUUCUGUAAUUUGUACCCAGUGGGAGUUGUGAAUAAACUAUGCACUAUAUCUUUCCCCGCCAACGUGAA